AUGGCAGGAGCUUGCAUCACUCCUCCAUAUCCCACUCUCCUUUCAAAGAAACCUCUUCUUUUAGCUUCUGCCUUAACCACACCCCGCCCAAGAAAACUUACAAAGAGGAAAAACUAUCUCCGCCCCAAAAUACUCAAAACCACUACUAAUAAACCCUACAUUAUACCCCAUAAACCGCCGGAAAAUCAAGAACUACGGCUUUUGGAAGUUUCAGACCCCAAAGGAACUGUUAAUGACACUGAAAGUACAUUCUAUGAAACCCCACUUCAACAAACCCACAUUUUGCCCUCCGACCAAGCCGCCGGCGACGAGCUGACAACGUCGGAAAAUCAAGAACUCCGGCUUUCGGAAGUUUCAGGUCCCUCAGGAGCUGUAAAUGCCGCUACAGGUACCUUUGGUAAAAGUUCGUUGCUGAAAUUUGGGUUAUGGGUUUUUGGAGCCUUUGUAUUUCAAACGGUUUGUGCUAUUUGGGUAUUUGGGUCAGCUGAUUAUAGUGGCAAAAAUGGAAGUUUGGAUCGUAAUGACUAUAAAAAUGAAGUCCUGGAGUUGGAUACGAAAGGUAAAAGUAAGUACAAAAUGAGAAUGUUAGUGAAUGGGGAUGGAAAGCAGAGUAUUGAAAAUGGGGGAAUUGUUUUUGUGGACGAGGCUGAAAUGGAGAAGAAGAUUGAGGAAAUUCAACAUAUGGCAAGGGAGGCAAGAGAGAAGGAAAGGUUGGAGUCGAAGGGCGGUGACGUUGAUGAGGAGCACGAGGAAGAAAUUGAGGAUAGUGAUGUUAAAAUGGGGAUAAAAAAGGAAGUUGAUGAACGGUUAAUCAAGCUGAAAAAGAGACUGGGAAAGCUUAGCAAUAAACAGCCUUCAAAUUCUGUUGGUAAAAAUGACAGGGAUGAUGGUAAAUUAGAUGAUAAAGAGCUAAGUGCUGCUUUAAUAUUUAAAAGAAAGCAGAAAUUUAGAGAUUUCGCCAGCAAACCAAGUAAUAAACCAAAGGGUUUUAUGGCCCUUGACCAUCAAAGCGUUGAUACAAAUGGAGAUAAAACAUUGAAAGGCAACAACGAAGUGCUAAAGAAUGGAAAUGGAGAAGGUGGUAUCGGUGUGUCAGGUGAUGAUGAGGUAGACCUGCUCGCCCUUGAUUCUCACACUGAAGAUGCAGAAACCGAAUCACCUGUAUGGGUGAAGAAAUCUUCCGAAAACAAGGCGAGGGGAGAAAGGAGUGUUAAAAAAGUCGAAGGUGGAAAAGUUGAUGUUAUCAAAGCUGUCAAGACGAACUCAUUGGAGAAGAGCGGAAGGAAGAAAAAAGGAAUUGCGUCAGACUUAGAGGAAUCUGAACCAGAAAUUGAUAUUUCUGUAGAUAGAAACAAUGGGAGCAGUUUGUUUGAAGCUGUAGACUCAAACGAAUCAAGCAUUCAGGAGACUUCAACUAUUUCAAAUACUGGAAAUACAUUGGUUGAAGCUAUGGACUCAAGAGAAUCACGUCGUCUGAAGAGUACUACAAUGAUGAACAGACACAAGAAGUCAAAUAGAAAUGGAACUUCAAAUAUGAAGGAGGUUAAGGACCAAAAAGCAGUGAAACCAAAGGAGGGUACGAAAUCAGGAAAUGAUACUGACAUUUGGUGGUUCAGUCUUCCUUAUGUUCUUGCUAUACGCAUGCGGAGAGGUCAUGAUGAUGAAGGAACAGAAGGAUUAUUUGCCUUAAAAAGUAGCUCUCAAGUGAAUGGUAGCUUAUCUCAUACAGUCGCCUUUGAAGAUCGUGGUGAUGCCACCAAUUUUUGUUAUCUCUUACAGUCCUUCUUUGACGACUUGGGAGAUUUCAGUGCUGAAAUUGUCCCUUUACCAGUUAAAGAACUUAGUGAGGCAAUUAGAUCACAUACUAUGAAGGUAAUCGUUGUGAAGAAGGGGAAACUGAAGCUUUAUGCUGGACAACCAUUAGCUGAUGCUGAGAUGGCUUUGCGCUCAUUGGUAGAACAAGAAUGAAGGGUUUCUAUAGAAAAGGAUUAGACCUUUGUCGCUGGAGAAAUUUUGGGGAUAUCGUGGCAUCUAUGAUAGUGAGAGAUUGAGUCCGCCUGAAUCCUUGGUUGCAACAGAUAUUGAAUCCACCUGAAUCCUUGGUUGCAGUAGAUACGAGAAUGAGGGUCUCUAUCGUACUGAUGGAUCUUUCCGAAGAGCAUUUUAUCUAUUGGGGAUACAAUCUUGUUUUGGAAUCCUUGGUUGCAGUAGAUACAACAAUGAGGGUCUCUAUCUUUACUGAUGGAUCAUUUCGGAAGAACAUUUUAUCUAUGUGGGAUACAAAAUCUUUAUUUGGAGUCCGUGGUUGAGAAUGAGGAUUUUCUAUCUUACAGAUGGAUCAUUUCGGAAGAGCAUUUUUUUACCUAUGUGGUGGUCUCAAUCUUGUUUUGCUGUAAGAUCAAAUAGAGCCUUUUCUUUUUCUUUUAGAAAGGGCUGCACCCCCCCCC